CUUGAAAGGAGGAGAAUUAUACGUAUUCCCAGUUCCCCACGUGACUAGGAUCCUUCACUCAGGAGUUUCCACUUUCACGAUGUAGUAGAAUUUACCAUAUGUUUUUCUUCUUACAAUUCUACCCUCCACUCCAUAAUCCCUCUCUUAUUUAUAGAACCUCACCUUCACGAAACAAUAUCCAAAACAGAGACUGCACUGCAUUUAUUCCAUGGCCGCUGUUCGUUGCGCUGUACUUUUGGCCCUCCUUCUACUGAACGUAAUAGAAACUGCAUACUCAGAACCAUUCAUAGGUAUAAACUAUGGGCAAGUCGCGGACAAUCUCCCGGAGCCAUCAGCCACUGCAAAGCUAAUACAAACCACUGCAAUUGAGAAGGUCCGGUUGUUCGGGGCCGACCCAGCCAUCAUCAAAGCCUUUGCAAACACCGGUGUAGGAAUUGUCAUCGCAACUUCAAACGCUGACGUUCCAGCAUUAGCUUCCGAUCCUAAUUUUGCUAAAACCUGGAUCAACACGAAUGUAGUUCCCUUCUAUCCAGCCAGCAAUAUCAUCGUCAUAAAUGUGGGUAACGAGGUUACUCUAUCUGGUGACCAAAAUCUGGUCGCUAAGCUUUUGCCAGCGAUGCAGAACAUCCAGAAUGCCCUCAAUUCUGUCUCUUUAGGUGGUAAAAUUAAGGUUUCCACCGUUCAUGCUAUGACUUUGCUAGCACAAUCUGAACCGCCCUCUUCAGGAGUCUUUGAUGCAAAAUAUGUUGACGUUUUGAAAGGAUUGCUCGCGUUUAAUAAUGCCACCGGUUCGCCUUUUGCAAUUAAUCCAUACCCGUACUUCGCUUCCAUGGGUGAUACUAGACCUGAGACGAAACCUUUUUGUUUGUUUCAGCCCAAUAAAGGGCGAUUCGAUUCAAACACCAAAAUUAAUUACAUGAACAUGUUUGAUGCUCAGGUGGAUGCAGUACGUUCUGCGUUGAAUGCCCUGGGUUUUAAGAAUGUUGAGAUUGUGGUUGCUGAGACUGGAUGGCCGUCCAAAGGAGAUAGCAAUGAACCAGAGGCAAAUGUUGAGAAUGCCAAGGCUUAUAACGGUGGUUUGAUUUCACAUCUCCGAUCCAAGGUGGGGACUCCAUUGAUGCCUGGGAAAUCAGUGGAUACUUAUUUAUUCGCAAUGUACGAUGAGAACUUGAAACCAGGGCCUCUUUCCGAGAAAUCAUUUGGACUGUUCAAGCCUGAUCUCACCAUGACUUAUGACGUUGGCCUUGCAAAGGCUGGAGACCAGGUGAGAGUUUUUCCAAGACUAGUUUGAAGAUAAAUUAGUAGU